AUUGAAUCUGUCCAAAAACACACGCUUUACGGGUGAAUUGAACGGGUAUACUUGACGUGUGAUCCUAUUCACUGUUCAAGGCCUACUACUAAUCAAUAGUUGAAGUCAUCUGCCAUUCAGACAUCACUGGACUCGAUCAGGUGUUAUAGAUUCUUCCAUUGACAAUCAACAAUCGAUAUUUUUCACAUCAUUUGAUGAUGAGCAGUAUAUCACCAUACAUUUUAUAGUGUACACGUACAUGGCGGAUUAUGAGCAUAGCUUCGAAACAGAAUAUUUGUUUUCUUCUCAUGUAUUGGGAUCCAGUGAUUUAACAUCAUGUCGAAGAAAUCUGACUUGAAAUCUUUCCGUAAAGAGGCACUGAGUUCACAUAACAAAUAUCGGGAUGUUCAUGGUGUAUCCAGCUUGAAGCUAUCCGAUGAUCUCAAUGACCAUGCUCAACGAUGGGCAGAACAUCUGAGUCAAAGCGGAAAGUUCAGCCACAGCAAUAACAGAGAGCUGGGAGAGAACAUUGGCAUGCACUAUUCCUCAGCAUCCACUGAAUUUUCUGGCCAGGAUGCGACUGAUCUGUGGUACCAGGAGUCCAGCAAGUAUGACUUUAGUUCACCCGGUUUCCGACAAGGCACUGGUCAUUUUUCUCAAAUCGUCUGGAAAUCGAGUAAAGAAUUUGGGAUCGGCAAAGCUGUCACAAAGGACGGGAAAGUGAUCAUAGUCGGGAACUAUAAACCACCCGGAAACAUGAGCGGCAACUUUCCUGAGAAUGUGUUCCCGCCACUCGCUGAGAAGAUAGAAAAGAAGAAGAAGAAGGAAGAAAAGAAGAAAGGUCGAAGAGGGUCUAUCAGUUCAUCCAGCAGUAGUAGCAGUAGCAGCAGUGAUGAUGAUACAAAGACUAAGGGUGUUUUGAGGAAGAAAUCCAAGAAGUCAAGCGGCCUUCCUAAAGUGUCUAGAUCAGAGCAUAAAGAUUUCAGCAAACAAGCUAUGACAUCACACAAUGAAUAUAGACGUCACCAUGGAGCACCACCAUUGGAACAAUCACGUGAUCUACAAAAGAGGGCGCGAAAAUGGGCUAAACAUUUAGCAAAGCACGACCUCUUUGAGCAUAGCAAAGCGAACGACAUCGGGGAGAAUGUGGCCAUGCAUUAUUCCAGUCUUUCUACUGAAUAUUCAGGGAAGGAAGCUGCAGCCCACUGGUACAGUGAGAUUCAUAACUAUGAUUUUAAGAAGCCGGGAUUCACUAAGGGAGCUGGGCACUUCACUCAGAUGGUAUGGAAAGGUUCUCGUGAGUUUGGUAUUGGGAAGGCAAUCACCCGUGAUGGUAAGGUUAUCAUCGUGGGUCAGUAUCGACCUCCUGGUAACAUCAUCGACCACUUUGAAGGAAAUGUUUCCAAACGAGACGACGGAUACAUGCCUCCACCACCACCUGAGAAGGAAUCAAGCCAAGUUACUCGUGUUGUACGAUCUACUGAAUAUGAGUCUGGACCAAGUCGAGAGGUCAAAGCCGCUGAAGUCAAUGACACUAUCAAAAAGAUGGGUGGAAUGAAGUUGAAAGAAGCAGACGUAUCACCAGCUGAUCUGAAGACAUUCCAGAAAGAUACAUUGGCUGCUCUUAAUAAGAUCCGACAAAAACAUUCCGUUUCUAAACUCAAGCAAGCAGAUGAACUUGAGAAACGAGCUCAGGAUUUCGCUGCCCAACUAGCUAAGAAAGAUGAGUUUAAAAACAGCAGUGAGAAAGAUGUAGGCGAGAAUAUUGCGAUGCACUACAACAGCGCUAGUACAGAGUUUUCAGGUCAAGAAGUUGUGGACAUGUGGUACAAACAAAUUGAUAAAUAUGACUUCAAGAAACCUGGAUUCACUUCAGGUGCAGGACACUUUACUCAAAUGGUAUGGAAGGGCAGUCAGGAGUUUGGCAUUGGUAAAUCGAUCACCAAGGAAGGCAAGGUCCUCACUGUGGCUUUCUUUCGACCUCCAGGAAACGUGAUGAAACAGUUUGAAGACAACGUACUCACUGCUAAGAAAUGAACAACUUGAUGAUUGAUGUUUAUCAUAAUCUCAUUUAGAAAUUUAUUUUGUAUCAUAUGUAACAACUCUUUAAACCAAUCAGAGUUUUCAAAAUGGUUAAGGUUCAAACAUGAUAUUCUCAUGAUUCUAUUAACGAGAGAAAAUAAUAUUAUUUCAAUCAAAAUGAUCAGUCAUGGUAUCGAGUUUAUUGUUAUUCCAUUAUAUUGAGGCAAAAAGUCUGAAGAUUAUUAUGUUCGGAUCAAGUUGUUCGGAACAUGACACAUUUUAACAUUAUUAUUAUCAUUAUUACCAUCAAUAUCAUCAUCAUUGUUAUUAGUAUCCCUGUCAUCACCUUUGAUUGAAUUCUAGAAUGGAUAUGAAAUUAUCGUUAUGUGCAUAUUGUAACUGUAUACGGAAGAGUGGUUUUACAUUAUUAUACAUGUUUAUUACUUCAGUAUAAUUAUCUUCAUUAAUUCCCGAGUGAGGCAUUCUACUAUGCCAAGAACUUUGUGUCUUUUCAAUAAUCAUGUGCAAUUGUUAUUAAUCUGAUAUCUGUUCCUGAUGUUUUCUUCUUGAAAUUUAGUCUUUCACUUCUAUUUUAUAACUGUAGCUAUUGUAGCACACCGAGAACAAAAUUUGUACAUAAGUAUUAUGUGGGGUCAGUAAGGAAAUAAUGUUCAAUGUACUUGUCUAUUGCUGAUGAUGCGUAGUUCUGUAAUAUAGAAUAUAUAGGACAAUAUUCACGAGUGACUAUUAAGAACGUAAAUAAAUAUAAGUUAGAAUGAGAGAUUAGCUCAAUUAGCGUAUAGAGUUAUAAAUUGUAAAAUUUGUGAAUUGUGUAAAAAUCGAUAGCACACUACUGAUAUCCAAGUUAAAGUUAAAAGCGUCGAGAAAAUGGUCAGAAACUGGUUUUUAUCCCUCACAAAAAUGUAAGAAGAACCAAUUUUGCUGUACUUCCUACUCCCCUCACCAAAAUGUGUUGCGAUGCAGGCAAAAUCCUAGAAAAGAGAUUUUUUUUUGCAUUCAGCCUACUAUACCGUUUUGCUGAGUGAAUGCUGUUUGUCGACGAUUCGAAAAUCUAAUUUUAAAUUUGAUCAUUUUGUAACACCUAGCAUACAACUAAUCCAUUUAUAAAAGCAUUUUUUUUUAUUGCUGAGCAUCACUGAAUUAACAGUAAAGUUGCCUACCUAAAUUCAUUCCAGGUUUAUCACGAUAUGACUACGAUAUAUGUCAGUGGCGGAUCCAGGGGG